AUGAACGACCUCUUGGCUACCCCUCCCCUAACUCCCUCUCCCUCCCUCGUGACCGUCGCAACCACUCCCGGCCUCUCGCGCAGUGGGACGUACCUUGUCAAGGUUCAUGGUCGCACGACACAUUCGCGCACCGAGUUCCCACGAGCGAAUCCUCCCGCUUCGCCCACCAAAGCGCGCAAAAACCAAGUGUCCUCUACACCAGAGCCCGCGGAGCGUGACACGUCCGACGAUGAGGACUAUGUGGAUCCUGAGCAGCAGCCUCGUCUCAAGGCCGUCAACUUCACGCCGAAAGACACGUCCAGGUUGUGCAAACUGCGGAGGGACCCUUCCGUCGCUAGCCUCCUAGAUCUCUACGACGACCAUGGGUGUCUUGACUCGAAUGCAUUCGCUAACUCACCACCCUCACCAGCGCCUAUUCAUGAUGUAUCUGAGGGCCGCGAGCCUAGGCCGCGUACAGGAUCCACUCUCCGGCAGCUGCUCGGUGAACCUGCCUUCGCAGUUAACAACACUACUGAAGGCGAUAUUUCUUGGGCCGAACGAUUCUUGGAGUAUGUUUAUAUCGUUGGCUUCAAUCAUGGCCAUCUGAGCUGA